AUGAAUAGCCAGCCUCCACAAAUAAAAGAGAAAUUUUUAGACAUGCCAGGCUACCAACUUUUACACACACUUGGAAAAGGGGCAUAUGGGGUCGUCAAACUUGCAAAAAAAGAAAAUAUUUAUUUUGCUGUCAAAAUUUUUAAAAAAGUAGAAAUCAUUAGAAAAAAGCAAGAAAUUCACAUCCGAAAUGAAAUGAACAUUUCAAAGACUUUUAAUCAUCCUUUUGUUAACAAUUUCAUCUCUAUGCAUCAAGAUUCUCGAUAUAUUUAUUUUGUAGUGGAAUAUGUAUACCAUUUAUCGAAAAGCUAAAUUGUAUAUUUUUAAGCUGUCGCAUUCUCGGUCAUCUAAUUUAAGACCCCAAUGAUCUAAAUAUAUAUACCUGGAGGCGAAUUAUACCAUUUGCUUCGCUCAAGUGGCUAUUUUGAAUUAAGAGAAGCAAGGUUUUAUUCAGCUCAAGUUGUCGUCAUUUUUGAGUACCUUCACUCCAAGAAUAUUAUUUAUAGAGACUUAAAGCCAGAAAAUAUUCUAAUCAAUUUUGAUGGAUAUAUAAAACUCGUUGAUUUUGGCUUCUCAAAAAUUGUCCCGGGAAGGACUUAUACAUUAUGUGGGACUCCAAAUUAUAUGGCUCCCGAAGUGCUAUUAAACCAAGGGCACGGAAAAGCAGUUGACUGGUGAGCUUUUGGGGUUUUUCUUUAUGAGCUUUUAACUGGGGUUGACCCAUUUGCAGAUGAUGACACAAUGGAAAUAUUCCAAAACAUCGUCAAAGUAAAGCUUGCUUUCCCUCGAAAUUUUGAUAGGUAUGCAAAAAGCUUAAUAAAGCAUUUAUUAGUCAAAGAUUUAUCAAAACGGUAUGGAAAUUUAAAAAGAGGUACUAGAGACAUAAAAAAUCAUAGGUUUUUUGCAGGGUUUGAUUGGCAAGGCUUAAUGACGAAGCAGCUUCCAGCACCUUUUUUGCCUCCAAUUGUAAGCCCUGAAAGAAACCAUAGUCAUCAGAAAUAUCCUGACUCGUUUGAAGUCCCAGCUGCAAUGAAAAAGAUAGAUGAUCCAUUUUUCGAGUGGUAA